AUUUUUUUUUUUCAAAUUAAAAAAAAAAAAAGAUAACAAAUAAAUACUAUUAUAUAUAAAUUUCUUUUCCCUUUUUGAAAAAACUCGUAAAAAAUGACCAUUCAACUUACUGGAUACUCUAUCUCUGCUUAUUGUCUCGCGCUACUCCAAGUUCUUAAAGAAUUAGGAUUAUCUUAUGAAUUUAUUCAACCAAAUAAUUUCGAAGAUAUUAAAACUCCGGAGUAUUUGGCUACGAAACAUCCUUUCGGAAAAAUUCCUUCUCUCAAUGAUGAUGGAUUCCAAAUUUACGAAUCUCGUGCAAUCGCUCGUUAUUUGGUAAAAAAAUAUCAAGGAACCAAAUCUUCCACCGUUCUUAUUCCUUCCGAUGUACAAAAAGCCGCUUUGGUUGAACAAUUUAUUUCAGUAGAAAUCUCUUAUUAUUCUCAACCUUUAGGUAAAUUGGUUGGGCAAUUAAUUUUCGCGAAACGCCGAGGUAAUGAACCUGAUCUUAAAAUUGUUAACGAAGCUCGCGAAGAACUCGAAAAAGUUUUGGAUGUUUAUGAAAAAUUAUUAGAGGGUAAAGAUUAUUUAACUGGAGAAUUUUCUCUAGCCGAUCUUCUUCAUAUUCCUUUAACUAAUUAUGCUAUUAAAGCUGGUGAAAAUGAUUUAUGGAGUAAACGUCCUAAUGUUUCUAGAUGGUGGAAAAACAUUAGCGAACGUGAAAGUUGGAAAAAUGUUCUCAAUGAAUAUACAUUAGCAUAAUAUAUAUGUAUUUUUUUUACAUUGUGAUAAAUAGUAUGCUUUUCAUUUAUGUAUAAUAUACUACUGUAAACAGCAGUAAAUAAAUGUCGAUUUUUAACCGAUUUUA